AUGGCAAAGGGUGACGAGGCCCUCGCCGGGAGCGAGGAACGGAAUAUUGCUAGCUAUCGAUCUCCUCCGGAUCUGGAAAAUGACAGAACAAUCAAACUCCAAGGACUGUGUAUAUCAAUUUUCAAGGGUGCUCGGCUAGGGGGGGCGACGAGUGUUAUAUAUGCUCCUCUGUCGGAGCUGAUGUGGCUCAAGGGUGCGGAAUGGUGGGCUACGCUGACCAAUGCUGUGAGCGCGACCGCCUUUCUAACCACCGCCCAACGACCUUUUACCGCCAUAGUGCAAGGGAUUAUUCCUUGGAAACACUAG